AUGUUGUACGCGACGGCGGCGAGUAUCUGCGACACCGAAACGGAGCGGAAGUGCCGCGUCUUCGUCGGCUGGGCGCAGCUCUGGUGCGGCAAUGUGCAGCGGGCGGUUGAUAUAUUCCAGCAGCAGCAGCGCGAGGCGCGGGCGCUGGGCGACGAGGUGCAGGAGCGGCGCUGCCUCGCGGCGCUGCAGCACGCGCAAAGCAAUCCUACGGUGGUGAACUGCAACACUGGCGCCCACAUCGCCGACUUUUGGACGGAGAUCUUUGCCAUCGCCUAG